AUGAGCAUCUCGGCCGUUGAGUGUGACUGCGAGCCCUACGAGUCCUGCGUCAAGAUUGUUCAGCACGUCGCCCACGGCCAUAAUGGACAAAGUACAAGAGCACCGGCAAAGGUGCAGCUGACGCCCCGAACCUCGACGUACCAAUUUGAGAGCCCGGAGACCACAAGAGUCACGCAUCGCUUGCAUCCCACUGAGCAUACUUUUGAAGAGAUUCAAGUCAAGACGGUCACAGCCGCCACUGGAAGACGGCCAGACAGCCAUAUUAACUUCCAGUUUGUUGUUGAGCUAUGGGCCGACUUGGGCUCACAGCAUCCUGCACGCUUCUUCAAGGUGGCCUUCAAAAAUUCGGUCACGGUAUCUCUAAGAGGACUACUCUCGCGUACGAUUGACCUCUCGUCUAGUGUCCAUGGUAAGGGACGGCAGGCGGGUCUAUCACCCAUCCGGGCUACGAGGAGGCUCCAGCGCGAUCUGCCGCACAGCAGCCUACUAUCAUGGUUCAGAAGGGGUUUCCGGCCCCGGCCUAGGCUUAGGCCAGGGCAUAGAAGAAUUGAAUGGACUUGCGACUGCGGAGUAGACCUAUAUGGCGACUUUUCCCAGGAAGAGCCAUCAGACCUGGAUGCCCUAGAAGCAUCACUUCGGUCUCCCGCCCGACAAAACACGUCGCCCGAGAAUGAGUCGCCAGACGCUGAAGUCAUCGGAGGAACGCCGUCAAAUUCACUACAAAGCAACUUGAGCUUAUGGACCGCAGGGACAGCAGCUUCCCUGACCCUCACCGUGGCAUCCAGCGUCGAGCUGCACUCGAGAUUUCUCGCCCUCUGCGUCAACACGGGGGGAAUGUACAAGAAGCUGGCCGAGCUUGAUACGACACGCAUCAAGUCUGACAGCGAGGCCUUUUCUCUGAUGAAGCAGGCGUAUCUCGAGCAUCGGGGGCUGCGAUCCCGAUUAAGCCUGCUUAUAAAGCCGGUGACAGUUGAGUUUGUCCGUUUCACCCUCUGGAACCUCCGCCACGGCUACGUCUCCAUCACCGACCGCCCAAACUCCAUGCCCCCCAAGACCGCCAUCGACUACGACUUUAUACCCCAGCCCAUGCCCCCUCAGGUCUUCAUCCACUACCUCUUGCACGGUGACGGCGACCUCAGCCCCAACCGGCAUACCUGGCUGCCGCGUCUGCCCCAGCGGCUCAACGGCAAGGUCCUGCACUGCGGCGAGGCGGCCGAGGGCUGGGGCAUCCACGUCGUCGAGGGGCCGAACCGUGUGGCCAUCUUCUGGGUCAUAAUUUUGACCGCUUUGGCGGGUGUGCUGAUGAGCGCCUUAUGGUCUUCAAUUAGGGGAGACAUUCAGGGGGGUAUGGGGCUUGGGGCGCUCAUCGUGGCGCUGCCUUCGGUCCUUAUGACUGCUUUUCUGUUUCGCCUGGAGGCGAUAUGA